GAGUCACGUUUCACUUAUCGAAACCAGAAGCAACUUUCCUCAGCUGCCUCGUUCGCGCCAAUUGACUUGCUUCAUCGAGAAGCAAUGUCAAGACCAGAGCAACGUAGAAGAGUGGGUAUAAUAAGCCGUUCUCGUCAACGACAAACACAACGUAAUCCUGCACUUCUGAAUUGGCUGUGGCAUACAGGAAAAAUGACUGCGGCUGUAUUAGCGCCGCAAAGUCCACCACCAUUAUUCCCAGAGACUAUAGAUUUUACUGAAGCAAUAAAGGAUUCUCCAAGGUUUCGAGCGUCCUUAGCGCAGCACACGCAAUACUUCAGUCGAUUGGAGAGCAGAUUGAAUGAGAUGCAAAGACAUGUAGCCAGUAUGAUGGAAUUCAGCAGGAACUACGUAUCGACUUUUUAUAAGCUGACCGUAUCCAUCAAUCAGCUGUGUGAAGAGAACUUCACAGGAAAUUUGAUUGCACAAGAUACAAUUCACACUCUUUCGGAUGCUUGUGGACGCACAGUGUGUCUCAUGAAGGACUUUCACGAACAGUCAUGCACGGCUUUGUAUAGCCAGUUGACAUCUUUUCUUAAAAAUGAUCUUGUGAAGGUUUACGAAGCUCGCUCCCACUUCGACUCCAUGUCGACGAGCAUGGAUGAGGCAUUAUCCAGAAAUGCAUCAUGCACUAGAGCACGUCCAUCGGAUGCUGUAGAUGGCCGCAAUGCUCUUACGGCCGUGGGAGCUUGUUUCGCUCAUACAACUCUCGACUAUGUGGCACAAAUCAAUAUUGCACACGCACAAAAAGAUCACGUAAUAAUUGACGCGCUAUGGUCGUUUAUUCGCGAAACAUCAUCUUUUUUCUCACGUGGACAUGCCAUAUUCGAUGACUGGACUGCUGCUGACAACGGCGCCGUAUCAGAUUCGAUUGCUGCCUUAGCAGCUAAAAGUAGAUUGGUUCAGCGGAAGAUGCAGGAUAUACAUUCGCUAGUGCCAAGGGAGAUGUUCCAACAUUUCUCUGGGAUGCCGCCUGAUCCGGAUGUCAUGAUGGAAGGCUAUCUAUAUAAGAGAUCGUCUAAUGCCUUCAAAACUUGGAACAGACGAUGGUUUCAGAUUAAGGACAAUAAGCUGCUGUAUUCGCAUCGUUCUGCUGAUUCCGAACAACCAACUGUGAUGGAAGAAAAUCUCAUGCUUUGUUUGGUUCGUCCCGCACCAUCAUCUGUCGAUCGAGUUGGAUGCUUUGAACUAGUCACUCCCACAAGAAGUCACCUUCUUCAAGCUGAUUCCGAAGCAUUAUGCAAUGACUGGAUGCGAGCACUACAACGAACAAUUUUGGCUUUGCAUGAGAGCGACGAAGUGGAAAAUCAUCCCACUUCUUCCACGAAAUCGGAGAGUGGAAAAAUGUCGAAUGAUACACCUAAGAAUUCGGUCAAAGUAGGAACUUCUUCUGUCCCUGAUGCUGCGACCACUUUCGAGCAGAUUCGGCGAGUGCCUGGUAACGAAAGAUGUGCUGAUUGUGGUUCUGAACAACCCAAAUGGGUCAGCAUAAAUCUUGGGGUAGUGUUGUGCAUUGAGUGUUCCGGCGUGCAUCGUAGCUUAGGUGUACAAACUUCUAAAGUUCGCUCCUUAACUAUGGAUUCCAUAGAUCCCGAGUUGCGUGAUGUGCUUUUGAGCUUAGGAAACUCACAGGUCAAUGCCAUCUACCUCGCUCACCUCCCUGACAAAGAUAUUGUUCCUCAGCCCGCUGUUGACAACUCCAAUCGUCAGGUUCGCGAGGCAUGGAUAAAAGCCAAAUAUGUGGAGCGGCGAUUUGCCAUCUCAUCCUGCGAGCGUGCUCGAAAUAGUGCGGCUGCUAGAAUGGAGCAUCUUCGGAACAAAAGCAGCCCAUGUGGAGCUGGUACUUCAGUUCAACGUUCAAGUUCCUACUGUGCCUUGGAUGGUGAAGCUUCUCAUCAAACUGAGACUAGCAAAGAGCAAGUAAAUGGACUACGAACAAAUCGGUUAUCCUCCUGUGGAUCUGAUUCCAAUCUUUCCAAGAUCGAAGCAGCUGAGUCAACAGACUGGAUGUUUAUCAGUGAGGCAGCCAGGUGCGGUGACGUGCUAGGUCUGCUACGGGCUCUUGCAGCAGGCGCUGACAUUAAUGGUUCCCGCAAUGGCACCACUGCAUUGCAUGUUGCUACCAGAAAUGGCCAAACUGCCGCCGUCGAAUUUCUUUUGCUGAAUGGUGCGAAAAUCAAUGUACUCGAUGACAAACUAAACACUCCUCUUCAUCUUGCUGCUGCGGAGGGAAACACAUGGCAAGUGUGUCAAUUGUUAAAACGAGGUGCUGAUAAGUCGCUGAAGAACGCUGAUGGUGUGACUCCUUUGGAAAUUGCAGUUGAGGGCAAACAUGCAGAUAUCGUCACAUUAUUUCGUGUACACACAAUGCGAGACGAGUUCAAUGAAGAAUUUAACAAUCCCAUGGAUGACACCGUCGAUAGCGUAAUUUCUGACAUUACUCGAAAAGCUGCCAUUAGUCAAUGA